UGGAUAGGUCACGAUGGAUCGCUCCAGCUUCUCGUCUCCGCCAUGACUUCCAUCCCGAUCCUGCGUCCAUCCCGAAGGCUAUGAAGUCGCCGUUCCCACGUGCUCCCGGUUCUUUAGUGGCUCGAAUGCAGCUGCUGUCAUCUCGCUGCUGCGCUGCAAUCCGUCCUAUCCGCUAAAUCCAAUCCCACCGGUCGUUCCCAUUCCAGAUGCCACCUCGUCGGUCCGCCUCCCCGCUCUCCUUGGAAACAUGCUCCCCCCCGUCCACCGACCUCGACAGUGAUGGAAUCAUCGGUUCCGACGACGAGUUGGACAGCGAGGCCCGUGCGGUCCAACGCCGCAGGAUCGAGAAGCUAGCAGGGGCCUAUCUUCAGGGCAAGCCUUUAUUCAUCCUGUCGGCUUCUCUGCGAGGGCCUUUUGAUGAUCAACAAUGGAAUAACCCGUGGAGGAAAAAUCGGAGGCGAAGCGGGCAUGCGGAGACUGAAAACCGGAGAACUCGCAAGGGGGGCGACAGCCCUGUGGUCCAGGAAACAAAUCCUCGGAAACGGCGACAACCCACCGAAUCUCAGCAAAUUCGCCAAUCUCAAGCGUCUAACGCACCAUCAGAAUCUAGUGUCUCCCUCUUCAGAAGCAAGAAGACCGUGCCCGAGGAGCACGGCACUUCGUCACGCCCCAGGCCCGAAAAGCACCAGCGUGAUAAACCAUCGGCUUCACCGGCCUCUGUCCCGAAUGCGAAGCCAAAGACGAUCGAAUCAAAACUGCCAUCCAACCAUUCAACUCCAGUCCGAGGAACCGAUAAAAGUUGGUUGAAGAAGGACCGGGAUCGCCUGAUUAAGUUUCAUAAUUUCGACCCACCUACAUCCCCUACAUCAAAGAUCUCAUCUCGUCAUCCCGGAUCCAAGAGGCGUGCAGUUGAAAUCGCCUCCUCUGCAAGCCACCUCAAAUCCCCGACACCUAAUCAGGACCAUGGAUCGCCCACGGCGGCGCCUAGUCAUGUGCCCCGUUCGGCAGACCAUUCCACCUUGACCAACAAAUCUGCACCGUCCAACACCAACAAGGAUGCUUCUCAACGUGAUAGGCCUACUGGUUCUUCUCGGCUUGCAGAGCCAGAAAUGUCAUUCAGUGUCCUUUCCUCAUCAUCCCAUCUACCACAAUUUGAGUAUCGUCGAAGGAAACGUCGAUCCGCGACUCCUAAGAAGCAUGAUAACAUUAAAAUUGCCGCGAGCAUUGAGAAUCGAGAACAUGCAGAUACCCCUGCUGUUACUGAAACAGCUGCGGCCUCACACCAGCCCGUUCAGAUACCACAAGAGGAAUCAUUGACACACUCCAGCAUGCAGAACCAAACUGAGCAGGAGAGGGUUCUGCAGGAGUCUAACGCGCUGACUAUCAGUUCCAACACCUUCGACAACGUGCCUAUAUCGCGAUCAGAUAAGGCACCAUCGAUCAGCAAUCCAUCCAAAGAUAUAAGCGCAAAGCUGCCCUCCGCCCAAAUUAUCCAACAAAACCCAGCCGUAUCAGGUUACAUGACGUCGUUACAUUCCACAGCCAUCCCGAAAAGCGGCGCAGAGGAUGACGAAGACACUGUUCCUGAUCACCAGUUCUCGACACAGGCUGCACUCCUCCAUGCACAGCGAUCCUUCCAAAAUGACCUCGAAAGUCAGCAUCACGAUGCAGAGACGCCGGGUAAAAAGCGACGAGCUGCGGAACUUUCUGGGUCCGAGUCGCCACAUUCGAAUAAUAUCACGCCUUUUUACCGACUCAGCACCCCCGAUUACUUUACAGAGGGGUCUCGCCAACCGCGGACAAAUGAUAGGGCCCGCGCACCCAUGAUGAGUACACAGGGCAUGAUCGAUGCCGUGACGCCUUUUACCUUCAGCACCGAAAAGAAGGAGAAUCAUAGGCGAAUCUUGACGCCCGCGAGUGCACCAGGGAGCAAGAAUCAGAACCCCCGCAGUAGUGUUGGCCAUACGUCCCCUGCGUCGCCCCGACACAAUGAAUUCCUUUUCGACUCACGCAUCGAGAAAGUCCCGAACUCCGUCCAAAGUCAUCGUGUCGGGACGCAACACAGUGCUUUACCCAUGACCUUGACAGGCACGACUCCCCCUACGGCUCAGGAGGAUGCGCAAGAUUUCAAUCUUAGUCAAGCCAUCGCCGAAGCAGGGAGUUGGCUGCAGCAAAGCUUUGAGAUUAAUAAAGAAAUCAGUCAGUGUCGUACUGGUAGGCCUGGACCAUCGCCAUCUAGUGAUCGACAGACAACCGGCCUAGAUGUUGGUGCGAUCAGCUAGCGAUUGGUUUAUUUAUAUCUGGUAACCAACAUUGGUUGUGCUUGGAGAACCCUGUUUUGGGGAGGAACUAUCAGGUCAUGGAGAAGCUGGUCUUCCGAUCGGACAGUUUUAUUUCGGGGUAUUCCCUUUCUUAUGAUUCGUAUUAUUAUUCUCGAUUGGUCGUUCUCUUGGGAUCUAUGGAUACUCGGCGAUAUUUUUUGGCAUCACAGCGGGAGAAUUGCACUUCUGUUGACUGGAAUUGCUGUAAUUAGAAGCGAUAUAUUCAUUGUGCAUAUACCCAAUAUAGACUAG